UUGCGGCGGAUGAAACCGGGGAAUAGGUGUACAGCAGCAUCUCAACUAAUGUCUUCUUCACUGCAUCCUGAAAGUCGGGCUGGAGGCAGCAUCAGCAGCAGUAACAAAAAGAUCAGGAAGAAAUUUGGUGCAACUGCUCCACAAUUUAUUGAUUAUCUGAAAGAGAUACUACGUCGAUACCCCGAUGGAGGCCAGAUUCUUAAGGAAUUGCUUCAAAAUGCAGAUGAUGCUGAAGCAAAUGAGGUGGUGUUUAUAUUUGACGAAAGAACUUAUGGGUCAACAUCUUUGUUUAUGAAGGAUCUUAAAAAGUUUCAAGGUCCGGCUCUCAUAGUAUACAAUGAUUCAGUGUUUUCAGAAGAAGAUUGGAAUAGCAUUCAAACUACAGGAAUCAGUAAUAAACGUAAUGAUCCCAGCAAAGUCGGCCAAUUUGGACUGGGAUUCAAUACUAUUUAUCAUAUCACAGAUGUACCAAGCAUAUUCAGUGGGAAGUAUAUUGGUAUAUUCGACCCUCAGCAAAAGCUGUUUGGUGAACAGGAAGCUGGAUAUAUAUGGACUCUUGAUGAUAGAGAAGACAGAAAUGUUUUUGAACACUCAAGGGAUCAGUUUAGACCAUUCAAAUGUGCCAUGGAAGCGAUUGGAACAACAACAUGGAAUAAUGCAUUGAAAGAGAAUUAUUUCAAAGGAACAUUGUUUAGGUUUCCUUUGAGAACUGAACCUUCAGAGAUAUUAGCUAGCUCGUAUGAUAGAGAUAAAAUCUUUGAUCUUUUUGAUUCCUUUAGAGCAGAUGAAGAUAUGAAUCUCUUAUUUCUAAGAAAUGUUGCAUCCGUCUCAAUAAAGCAUAUUGACACCAGUGGAAAUAUGACUUCCCUUAGGCCGUCAGACAAAGGGUUUAUCACAGCUGGACCACAUGGAGCCCUGAGUAAUGAUGUCUACCCUGAGAUCCCAGAUGAUGUGCCUCUACCAGAAACUGUACUUAAAUGUGUAGAUGAAAAUGACAGGAAACUGCUGCUGAUGAAAGGAAAAUUACUGACAGCAGCAGAUGUUGCUUUGCUCAUGUUGAAGGGGGUAGAAACCCAAAAGUACGAGCCUGAGCAAAUUGAAAAGGAAAUCGCUCAGUAUAGAGAGUUACUACUUGAAUGCGGGGUGAAAAAUGGUUACAGCAGCAAUGAAGUUAUUCAGAUACUGUAUAAGAUAAGAGAUAAUGCAGUUAAAAUGAACACUGGCUGUGGUAGCCCAAGUGAAUUGAAGACCGUUAUUUCCAUACUGGAUUGGAUGCGCAGAAAUAACUUUUCACCCAAGAGUGACCUUCCUGUCCCUGUGCGGAAAGGUACCCAAGAUGGAUUCUGCUUGAAACCAUGUUCCAAAGCUGUUCUGUGUGAUUUAGAUAAGGGAACAAUGGAGGCUUUUAAUAAAUGUGAUGAAAAUAUUCAUAUUCUUCAUAAAGAUAUAAGCAUCGCCAUUAUUGAAUGGCUUAAUGUGCCCCCUUUAAGCAGCAAAAUGCUGCAACCUGAAUUAAUUGGAAUUGAGCAAUAUGGACAAGUAGAACCCAUUGUACUGAGAAUUAAGAACAUUUUGAAAGAAUAUGAUCAAGAACAUGACCUGUUCAAAGAGAUGCUUCAAAAUGCUGAAGAUGCUGGUUCUACAGUCUGUAGUUUCCUAGUAGACAUGAGACAACACAAAGAUUCACCUGAAAGUCUAAUUGAUCCUGGUAUGGCUUCAUGUCACGGACCAGCACUCUGGUCAUACAAUAAUGAGUGUUUCACUGAUGAAGAUUUCCACAAUAUAACUAGAAUUGGGACAGCUUCCAAAGAAAAACAGGUUGAUAAGAUUGGAAAAUUUGGACUUGGAUUUAAUUCUGUUUAUCACAUAACUGAUGUCCCAUCCAUCCUCAGUGGAAAAUAUUUGCUUAUUUUUGACCCAAAUGUUACUCAUCUUAAGAAAUAUAUUCAUUCUGUAACUAACCCUGGAAUAAAACUUAAUCUGUAUGAACAUAGACGAUUAAUUCAAAAAUUUCCUGGACAGUUUAACCCCUACAAUGGAAUAUUUGGAUGUAAUUUUAAGAUUUCCACUGGGGAAAAUUUUUACUAUGAAGGAACCCUCAUUAAGUUGCCCUUUAGGACUCCAGAGGAGGCUGCAGUGUCAGGGAUCUCCAGCAAGUAUUAUAAUCAGAAACACAUCAUGGCCUUGGUGGAUAGUUUCAAGCAGACAUCAAAAGAUCUCAUCAUAUUCUUAAAGAAUUUAAAGGGAGAUUCAGAAUUAAAAAACACAAUCUUCAGUGCUGCUCAAGAAUUUCCUUUCAUUUUAGUACAUGGACAGUUUGUCCCUGUUGAGUUGGUUGCUUGUAAGGUUUCAUUUGAUGCUGCUCCAUACUUAUAUGAACUUCCUAAAGAAUACAUAGAGUGCGAGGAAUUAUGGAAGUGCCUAGAGAUCAAGGAACAUUUUAAACUGCAAGACUAUGUCUCUGUUCUGACAAGAAUGUCAGAAAAAUACAGUGGGACAAGGCUCUCUGAUAAUGAUCUUGCUGUGUGUCUUAGAAUUGUAACUACAGGAUUUACAGAGGCCUCAGAACAGGAAGAUAUCUUGCAGAAUGUUCUCCUGCCUAAUCAACAUUGUGUCCUUCAUUCUGCUCAAACAUUACAGUACAAUGAUACACCAUGGCUUGUCGUUGGAGAUGACGUCAAUCUCUGCCACAAUCAGAUUGCUAGAGAAACAGCUAUCCGUUUCCACGUUCAGACAACAAAACACCGUGCAAUGAAAAACCUUGAAGUCAAAGAUUUGUCGUUAUGGGCACAAGAAUUUGGCCAGCAGGAAAAAUUGACAGUCCGUUUAAAAAAUAUCAUAAAGGCUUAUCCAUCCAAGAAAGAUAUACUGAAGGAGUUGAUUCAGAAUGCAGAUGAUGCUGAGGCCUCAGAAAUCCAUUUUAUUUGGGAUCCCAGAAAGCAUGGCAACACAAAGACCUUUGGUGAGGAAUGGAAUGCACUUCAGGGACCUGCGUUGUGUGUUUACAAUAACAAGAAGUUCACUGACAAAGACAUUGAAGGUAUACAACAGCUUGGAGAAGGAGGAAAGCGUAACAGCCCAGAGAAAACUGGAAAAUAUGGGCUUGGUUUUAAUUCAGUGUAUCACUUGACGGACUGUCCUUCUUUUAUAUCAGGUGACAGCAUGCUGUGCAUCUUUGAUCCACAUUUAGCUGUGCUGGCCACAGCAAAGCCACAUUCCCCAGGAGGUAUGUUUACAGUCAAUCAGAAAUUUAAAAAUACAUUUGAAGAUGUUUAUACUACUUUUCUCCCUACCUUCUUCAAUCUCGAAUUGGGUACCAUGUUUCGGUUGCCAGUGAGAACAGCAGAGAUGGCGGAAAAAUCUGAUAUCUCAAAGCAAGCAGUCACAAAGGAUGUAAUUCUAGAAUUGCUGGAAGUAUUGAAAGAAGAUUCUGAUAGUCUCCUUUUGUUUUUAAAUAAUAUUAAGAAAAUCAGUUUUCAUAAAGUGGAAAAGAAAACAAGUGACCUGCAUGAAAUCUUUACUGCAGAAGUAGAAAUGUCACUCGAAAGCAUUGCCAAACAGGAACACCUGAAGCAUUAUAUCCAGAAGUGUUCAAAUUACAAGGCUGUAGUAUCCAAAAUGGAAUUUCACCAAGUGAUAUAUGAAAUGGAGAUUCAAUCUUCGGUCAAAAAUCCAACCAGAUGGAUUUUGGCAAAUCAAAAACUGGUCUGCCCGUACACAUCAAUGGAAACUUUGCUGUUGACUUUGCCAGGCGAGAUCUUUGGAAACAAGAUGGCCAAAGUGGAAAGAUGA